GCGACGCAGCGCCAUGGAGACUGUCAAAGUACAGAAGAAACUAUGUUUACUGUUAUUCGCUAAAGCACAACUGCUUCUCGCUUUGCGCCUUCUUUUUAUUGUGUCACUCGCUGUCGCAGACAUGGCAGACACAACAGCCAUGCCCACCAAAGACCGCGCUCUGAAAGGAAGGGAGGAGAAAAUGGUCGUGGCAGAGAAGCAUGCUGUCAAUGGCAACCCCACAGUGGAGCCGUUUCCAGAGGGCAUGGAGACCAUCAUGUUUGGUAUGGGCUGUUUCUGGGGACCUGAAAAGCGCUUCUGGCAGAAAUCGGGGGUGUUCUCUACCCAUGUGGGCUACGCAGGGGGACACACACCCAACCCCAACUACCAGGAAGUGUGCUCAGGUUUGACAGGACACACUGAGGUGGUGAGGGUGGUCUUCUCCCCCGAGGACAUCAGUCUGGAGGAGCUACUCAAGGUGUUCUGGGAGAGCCACGACCCCACUCAAGGUAUGAAGCAGCAGGCAGACUAUGGAACCCAGUACCGUUCAGCCAUUUACACCUCCACUCACGCUCAACAGGAGCUGGCUCUCAACACCAGACAAGCCUACCAAGAGGUGUUAUCUGAGAAGGGCUAUGGAUCCAUCACCACAGAGGUUCUAGAGGGCCAGGAGUUCUUCUACGCGGAAGACUACCUCCAGCAGUACCUGAAGAAGGUCCCCAAGGGCUACUGCUGUCUGAAGGGGACCGGGGUGAGCUGUCCCAUCGGAGCUGAAGCAGACGAUGACAAAGACGAGCUGUGAAAAGAGAGCGUGAGAGAGAGCGUGAGAGAGAGAUGAGAAGAAGGGGAAGAGAAAGUGGAUGGAUUAGAAGGUGGGUUUUUUGCAGAUCUGAGUUUGUCGCUAUCAAGGUGGAAAUCACGCUUUUGAAUUUUCCUGCUUCAUAUAGUCUCUUUAUGGCCAAGAUAGGAGACUUGUUUGGACAAUCUUGACUUUCUAUAAACAAUCAGCAAUAGGUAUGGGUUGAAAAAUGUUUCCACUCCCUAACGUGUUUCUGAACUCGCUUAGCAUUGUGUUAAUUUGGCUAAUUGGCUAAAUCAUUUCAAAAGUAUUUAGCAAUCUGUAUGAACGCUCUUGUAUACAAUGAUAAUUGUAUUUUCUCAUUUAAAUUGAAGUGUUGCAAUUCAAUAUAGCUCAUAUCAAGGUUAUUUUAUUAUUAUAUUGGUGCAUGAUGCCGUGAGACCUCUUUGUAUGCGAGGCUGAAGUACUGAUAGAAAUCCACAAGAUGGCAAUAGAUACCAACAAACUUAACCUCUCAACAAAACAUCUUCAGGAUUUCAUUCCAUCCACUCAAUGUGACACCCUCACCCUUUAGGGCUAUCUUCCAUUAAGAGAGAGAUUAGUAACCUUUCCAUAGAAGGGAUUUGCACGUUGUGGUAGAAUUUUUUGACAUGUAUGUUGGAAUCACAUCAGUUUUGUCUCCUUCCAUUGUCUCAUGCUCUGAAACAUACACUGACUAUACCAAACAUUAGGAACACUCUACAAGGUGUCGAAAGCAUUCCACAGGGAUGCUGGCCCAUGUUAACUCCAUU